AUGUCAGACGACUAUCAUCCUGACCACAGUGACCACAGUGACCACAAUCAACUCGUCAAUCAAGGCGGUAACGGAGGUUUUGGACUCACAGCUGCACCGUCCCAGAGUCAACAAAGCAGCAUGUCUUCUACCGGUGCUAGCAGCGAUGCGGGUGAUUCCGUUCACCUCAGAAUGCCAGACGAGAAUGCCAAACGAGUUGCCCAGGCUUAUCAGACCCUUAUCAAAGGUGGCGAGAUCUACAAGACCGUAGCUCGACUCCAUGGUGUCUUUGUUCAACUCAACAGCAAGAAGCUUUAUGUCAUGCGCACCACGACUUCGGCAAAGGACGCCCAAACCUUUGCCCAGUAUGUCAUCAAGCAGAUCGAGGAUCGGCAGUCUGAUCCCGCUGGCCAAGAGGAUACAGAUCUGGUCGAGAGGCAGGACGUCAUUCUCACCAACAUGAAGCUCCUCACCCCCGAUCUCGCCACCGACUUGUACAUCAUGCUCAACAAGGCGAAAAAGGCCAGUGAUCUGAAGGAUCAGCCGGAUACGACCAACAGAAAGGCCACAGGCAAGAAGAAAGCCAAAGUCACUCAGGAUAGGUCAUCUGCAGUUUUGACCGGUGACGGUGGCAACCACGAAUCCGAUGAUGGUACUGAGAAUCGCAACCUCGAAUCAACCCGGACCACCGCCGGUGGCCCAUCUCGCCAGGUAUCAUUCAGCAGUGAGGCCAGUGGCCCGCCCAAGCGGUCUCUUCGCUCUCGCCAGAUCUCUGGAUCUAGCGGUGUUGGUGCUGAUGCUGCGGCCUCGUCUCAGCAUUCACAGGCUUCGGCCACGACCAUCCAACGCCGACGAUCUAAGCAAAAGACUCGCUUUGCCCUGAGCGACAAUGAUGAGAUUCCGAAGACGCGCUUUAGAAGGGGCAGUGAGUGGCAGGAAGGCAAAGAAGGUAGAAAGGGAGAUGUUACUGGUGAUGGACCUUAUGUAUGUCAAAAGCACCAUAUGUUUGUUGGUGGGUAG